AUGGUGCAGCAAAUCAUCGUCUCAGUUCUGAAAGCAUGCCGCGGAACACGAAACCAGGUCGGAGGAGGAGGCAUUUAUAAUUUACAACUGAAAACUUUUGCAACUCUUGCUGGCGGAGGCGGAGGGGGCGAUCCUCCUCGUCCACAACCCAAACCCAAACCAACAACGCCAUCAAAAAAAACAUCCAAGAUAGAUAUGCUUAGAAUGGCGAGCAUGAGGGUCGUGGAGUCUCUGGACCAGUUAAUGAGAUUUGAUAAGAUUUAUGUGGUGACGGGCAAUGACACAACCAAUGUCCAAAUGAUCAAGCGCAAUCACUGCUGGCCAGGAACUCAUGUCAUCAUGCAUACCGAUACCAACCCCGCCGAGAUGUCCAAAAUUAAGAAGGCUGCUCGCGAAUGCGGCCUCGAACCCAAAACAGCCUCAAAAUGGGAAGAAGAAGAUGAAGAAGAAGUCUCUUCUCUUGUUUAG